AUGGAGCAUAUACACUAUGAAGAUGAGAACACUCGUUAUGUUUGCAUUGGACCUAUGAAUAAGGUAUUAAACAUGCUUUGCUGUUGGGUUGAAGAUCCAAAUUCAGAGGCUUUCAAGUUGCACCUUCCAAGAAUCAAUGAUUAUCUAUGGAUUGCUGAAGAUGGCAUGAAAAUGCAGGGGUAUAAUGGAAGUCAAUUAUGGGACACUAGUUUUGCUGCUCAGGCAAUUAUGUCAACUGAUCUUGUCAAAGAAUACAGCAUAACUUUAAGAAAGGCACGUGAGUUCAUUAAAACCUCACAGGUUUUAGAAGAUUGCCCAGGUGAUCUUGAUAAUUGGUAUCGCCACAUUUCAAAGGGUUCUUGGCCUUUCUCCACUCGUGAUCAUGGUUGGCCCAUCUCAGAUUGUACAUCAGAAAGAUUAAAAGCUACUCUUCUAUUAUCAAAACUUCCCUCAGAUAUUGUUGGUGAACCAUUAGAGCCAAAUCGUAUAUAUGAUGCUGUCAAUGUCAUUCUCUCAUUACAGAAUGGAGAUGGUGGCUUUGCAACAUAUGAACUCACUAGAUCCUACCAUUGGUUGGAGCUGAUCAAUCCUGCUGAAACCUUUGGUGACAUUGUCAUUGAUUAUCCAUAUGUGGAAUGCACCUCGGCUGCUAUUCAAGCUCUGACAUCAUUUAGAAAGUUGUACCCUGGUCACCGGCAAGAAAAAAGAGAGCAUUGUAUCAAGAAAGCGACUGCAUACAUUGAAAAGUUUCAAGCUUCAGAUGGUUCAUGGUUUGUCCUAUGUUUAUCAGUUUAUAAGCUCUGACUUUUUUUCCCUCCC